AUGUCGUCCUCCGCCCGCCGUCCAACUCCGCCUCUGCAAUCAAACAAGCCUGGCAACGCUGCUCUGAACCCAGAGCAAGUGCGCCAGCUCGAAAUAAGCCGACUAAAAGCCAAAGCCCUCCGCGCUCAAGCCGACGCAGAAACCGCUGCCGCUCCAGCGUCCAGCACCAGCAGCGCUCACGCCGGCCAAAAGCGGCCGCACUCUGCCAUAAGCACCACAACGCGCUCGCGCAACCACCGCGAUGGUACUUCCGCAACUGCUGGCACGGCUGGCAAGAUCGCGGCCGCGAUGAUGACGGCACCGUCGGACAACGCGUACGUGCGGCCGGCCAAGAAGUUCGAGAAGAGCAGCUACAUCGAGUACGACCUGUCGGCCAUGACGGACACGAAGGGCGGCUUCCUCUCGACAACCGACGACCCGCACAACAAGGCGCUGAACUCGGGUCUCGCCGCCAACAAAGAUGGCGAGGAGCAGAAGCCGGCGCAUAUGACGCUGGCCGAGUGGCAGCGCCACCAGCUACUCAAGAAGCUGCGCGCCACCAAAGCCGGGCCCUUCGAGCCGGGGCUCUCGGUGCUGGACGACAAUAGUGCCGCGCGCAAGUGUCGGGAGUGCGGCUCGCGCGAGAUCGAUUUCCAGUGGCAGGAGGUGUUCGGCGUGGGCGUGUGCGCGGCGUGCAAGGAGCGGCUACCGGAGCGGUACAGCUUGCUAACCAAGACGGAGGCGCGCGAGGAUUACUUGCUUACGGACCCGGAGCUGCGUGACGAGGAACUCUUCCCGCGCCUCGAGAAGCCGAAUCCGCGCAGCGCGACGUAUCACAGCAUGCAGCUUUUCUUGCGGUGCCAGCUCGAGGAGUACGCCUUCUCUGCACGGAAGUGGGGGAGUACCGAGGUGCUGGAUGCGGAGUUCGCGCGGCGCGAGGCGGAUAAGAAGGACCGGAAGGAAAAGAAGUUCAAGAGUAAGCUGGAAGACUUGAAGAAAAGAACCCGCGUCGAGGCGUAUAAGCGGAGCAGACAGGCAGGCGCGGCAGUGGGAGACGGCAUCGGCUUGGAUGGCUCGGGUGGCCGUCCGACAGCGCAAUUCGGGGACAAGGUCUCCGGGAGGUUUGACCGGCAUGAGCACGAAUGGGGUCGAGCGGUAGAGGAUCCGGAGACGGGCCUGGCGAAGAAAAGAUGUAUAGAGUGCGGGAUGGAAGUCGAAGAGCUGGAAUUCUGA